UGUUGGCAGUGCUGUUUGUGAGGUUAACUCGAGUUAUGCAGUUGUAGCAUAAAGCAUUGGUCAUUGGAGCAAACGGAGCGGAUUAUUUUAUAACAGAAUAAUUGAAAGUUGCAGUCAAAAAUUGUGUAGCAAGAUGGUUUUAUUGGAGCAUAUGAGAAAUAUAUUACCGGCCGUGCAACAGAGACUUAUGCAAAGGCAUUUUCACACGAGCACAGUAGUCAACAAAGUACAAUCCGGACGCUACAAAGUCACACUCAACAAAGACAGGCCGCUGACAUAUGAAAUGGCAAAUCCACCUCAUUACAUCGCUCACAGAAAGUCUUGGAACGCUUGGAACACCUCGAAUAUAAAGGAUGGCAACAGACCAUCUGAGACAGCCGUAGAAGAUAUGUUCAUUCGGCAGUUCAUGACGGGGACGUGGCACAAUUUAUUCGCGAGUGAAAUCAUUAUUAAGCGGCAACACAACAUUAUUAGGAUAGCCGGAAUCAUCUCUCGUUCUAUAGCGCCUUACAAGAUAUAUUUCUUAACUGGCUAUACCGAGGAACUCCUGAGUUCUUGGCUUCAGUGUCCCGUUAAAGUCGAAUUAGUCACGAUAGACAAUAAAAAAGAAAUGAUAAUUAAGUAUAUAUAGAUACCAGUACAUGUAAAUAUAAUAAACUAGAUUUCUGUUAAUAAACCUGAUUUUAUAAGAAUUUCUGACGAUUAUGUUACGAUUAAUUCUGCGAAAAAUAAAUUAUAAUACAGCAUGUUGUACUGUAUUAUAAUCUGUCUAUUUAAAUAUAUUUUAGUAAUUAUAGCAAAA